UUCGAUAAUACCCCUCAAGAGCUUCAGCUCAGGAUCUUCUCAGAAGUAUUCCCUAAGCCAUGGCACCACUUGGAUCCGUCCGUCUCUCAAUCUGGAGACAGUCCAUGGCUGCGCGCCCUCAAAACGAAACUCGAGCUUCCUCUGAUAUGCAAAUCGACAUGGUGGGCAGCGUCCAAGGUACUCUACGAAGAUAUCGUCAUCCGACGCAUGGACCAGAUUGCUCCCCUCGCCAAGACCAUGUCUUCUGACGCCUAUCCCACCUCCCAACUCCGCCUCAUGGUCAACAGUCUCCGCAUGGACACGUGUGUCGUCUGGCACGAGGCCUUCGCCGAUUGCCGAACCUCACUCGCUUCCAUCCUCUCUCGGUGCUCCAACCUCACCUCGAUCACGCACCGCUCGCACCCGGGCUUUGGGUUCGUCCCAGACACCCUGGUGUACGCGCACGCUGUUACGGGUGACAUGUUUAACCCAACUUGGUUGGUCGCGCCGAGCUGUACAGGGUCGGAUGUGAUUUUGUCCAUUGUCGCAUCUCAGUUGACGCGCCUGGACGUCCAUGCCGACCUCUCCAACUCAGUAGGUGUGCAUGAUCUGCACGCGGUUUUGAAACACGCGCCCUGCCUUCACGACGCUGUUAUUAAGCAGCAUCAUGACUUUCCUACACUCAUUCUCCCUUCCCUGCUCGAACUUCGUGUGGACUGUAGUGCCAUGCCCUUCCUCCCACGUUUCAUCAUCAACUACUGGAUGCUCCCGAGCCUCCAACAGCUCACCAUCAGGAUAGGCGCCAAUCCCAUGGAUCCGAUGGAGGUAGUCGAACGAUUCGGCGUCGGGCUCCGUUUCCUCCAAUUCUUCCCCAGCUCUGGGAAUGCAUCCUUCACUCCAGAGCAGCAGGACCGCCUCACCAGCACAUUAGAGUCGUGCUGUCCUCGCCUUGAACAUCUCGUCCUCCCCGCCCUCAAACCUGCCGCCAUCGCCCAGCAUCCCAUCCGCUCCCCGUCGCUCAAGUGGCUAGACAUAUGGAUCGUCCACUCCACCGCGUUCUCGUACUACCCCCCUCUUUCGUGGAGGACCGGGCUCCGGCGUGUUGUGGUGUCCCCCACGGACAGCGCCGUGCCCGCGCUCGCCUCCGUCCGCCUCCUCGACGGCUCCGACGAGGCGUACAGUUCACAACCGGCGUCCUCCGCGAAGGCGGGGUGGCCGAGGCGCUUCCACCCCCGCACCCUCCUUGAGCUCGGCAGGGAGGGCAAAAGGCGCGCGCAGAAGGCCGUCACGCAUCGGCUCCCCAACUGCGUGUUGGUCCAGACGGAGGUCGCGUUGGUGCGGGACAAUACGGCGACGCACUUCAGACUCAGGGUCCGCGACGAUCUGGUCACGCAGGCGGCGCUGGACAAGAUAGCGUACGUCUCUGGAAUCGACUGGGAUUACGUGGACGGUGUGCAGUUGGAGAGGUGA